UCAGCGGUGUGAGUAACCAGCACCAAGCUCCAUCAGAGCAUCCUGACUCUCAUGCGUUUGCGUCACGACUUUCGAUCUCAAAACAUUGCGGGUCAAGAUGCAUCAGAGGACGAGGCCCGAACUGCAGGAAGUUGAAAAUUGAUGAUUGAUCCAUCAAUAUCAAGGGUGAGAGCAGCCAGCCAGCGAUAGGGCCCCCAAAAAAUCUUCAACCGACUUCGAUCAUACAGGGAGAAUCGGUCAACAUGACUCGUCACGAUGGCCUCCAAAAUAGAUACCGCUCUGAGCCAUGGGACAACAUGAUGCCACUCACGGCAUUCUCCGAUUGGUUUGAUAUUUUGAAAAAUGAUGACGUUACUGGUUAUGACAGCCUUAUGGCUGCACUCAGUGAGCAGAAAGAGAAACUUGUAAAUGGACAUUUUGUGUACGCCAAUGUCGGUGGAGGAGUGCAUAAGACUAACAAUUGGAGAAACAUAAAUUAUUGCUCGGAUUUUCGUCGGCCAUUGAUUCUUGCGGCCGCUUUCGGAUCACGUGGUGUCUUUAUGAAGUUGCUCCGAGAUGGCGCUCCUGUCACUCAAGCCGAGGAGAAUAGCUGUAACUGUAUCCACGCCAUGAUAAUAGCCACGGCGGAAUAUCGAGAUAGGGAGGGUCAGAUUCUAGGCACGUACUUAGACAUCCGCAAAAAUAUCGAGUUAGAAAAAUUGAGAGUUUUACUCUUUACUGAAGCCAACGAUCAUAUGCGGCCUGUUGAGUUGGCAGUGAGGUUGGGUGCUUUCGGAAUCUUUCGCGCAAUAAUGGAGACUGAAGGGGUGUAUGAAAAACCGGCUGGGACAGUCGGGUUGACGAAUUACGUAACGUACGAUAUGGAUGUCUAUGAGAACAACCGAAACUGGCGCCGGGAGAUUCGGUCGCCAUUACGCUUGCUUCGAUACAUGGAAAACGACCAGAUGGCAAGCUUCAUUGAGUACGGUGUCAUUCAAAUGCCAGUAAUCAAGGCUUGGUCUCAGAGAAAGAAAAUGCAAAGCUGGCCGUUCAUCCUACUUUGGUUUGUUUGCAAGGUGGUGUUCCUCUUUUUCUACCUUCUAAUCGACCCGCGCUCGUUCAAGGCAAUGGCUCUAGGAGGUUGUGCAGUUAUGCGAAACAUCUCUUACCAGGACCACAUACCACUGCACUGGGCAUGCUCCGACAAAUACGUGAAGCCCGGCCGAGAUCCAAAUAUCAUGUUAAAACUGCUGAUGUAUUUUACAGGAUUUGCAAUGCUUUUCUCCGUUAUAUUUCUCGUUCAUGACUUACUGGAACUCUUCGUACGUUUACUGGAUAAGGAAUCGAGGUUACUGCGCAGAAUUCCUCAACGAAGUUCGUACGUCGCCUACACCCGGUUUUACCGCAUCUGCCAGAUGGUUUUGUGCCUCAGCGGGGUACUGGGUGGUUGUUGGUUUUACUUGGUGAAAAAUGCGUCUAGCACAAAUGUCAUACUUUACCUAAAGUCGAUAAACCUUCCAUUCAUCCUUAUGGGGGUAUUGUACAUCCUGGAACCAUUACCAGUCUUUGGUUACUUUGCCAUAACACUCCAAAGAAUGAUCACCGCAAUGCUGAAAUUCAGUGCCCUCCAGCUCCUUAUUGAGCUCACCUUUACCAUAUUUUUCAUGACGGCCGAAACGCACAUGGCAGAAUUCCAAACAGUGGACGAUGGCCUCUACGCCAUGUUCCUCUUGAGUCAGAAUAUUAUCAGUUUCGGCGUCACGCCCGAGUGGUACAUCAGAGUGGGACAUUAUCUGCAUUAUUUCAUUGGGAAUAUCCUCCUAAUGAAUUAUCUCAUCGCGGUUAUGUCCAGUCUCAUUUGUAGUAACGACAAUGAGAGGAAAGCCAUUCAACUGAUCAGAGUCCUUGAUGUAUGUUUCCUGGUGGAGGACCGCUAUGCAAGAUGGCUUUGGAAGCUGAUGCGGAAAUUCAAACAUUACGAUCAUGUUGCAAUAACAGUUGCAAAAUAGACAUUAUGUUUGUGAGCCAUUUUGACACUGUUAAACGUAUCAAAGAUAAUACAACAAUGGCAAAUUACUGUCUGUUACUUGUUAUGGGACACAAAUCUUAUUGCAAAAUGUGGAUUCAAG